CUGUGGGGCGCGGAGCCGCGGGGGUGGUCGGUGUGAGCGCGGCGGCAAUGGCGCUUUCGGCGGCGCAGCAGCUGGCGGUGUCGGUGGUGCUGGUGCUCUGCGUGUUCGUGGCGGUGCCCAGGCUGCUCGGGGGCGGCGGGCGCCCUACGCGGGGCGGGCAGGCAGGACCCGGCCGUUUCGGGCCUCGGCAGCAGCGCAGAGGUAAUCCUCCAGCACUUCAUCAAGAUCAUCUGAAUCCAGGAAAUUCUGAGAGUAAUAGUUAUCAGAGUGUUCAGCAGAUGAGAAAUGCAAUGGAAAAGGAGAUAAAAAGUGAGAAAACAAGAGGAAGUGGUAGAGAGUUAGCAUUCACCCUCAUGCCAUUGUAUGCUCUUGGAGUGGGAGUGUUUGCAGCAUACAAAUUUCUGAAGAUGAAGUCACAUGAAGAAAAUCUGUCCCAAAAGGAAAAAUGUACAGAAGACAAGGCAAAGGAAACAGAGCAUCAGCUUUUAGAACUGGAGCAGCAUCUAGCACAGACAGAGAAAAUGUUAAAUUCUUUAUUGACUCAGUUGGAUCCACUGUCAAACUGUGUUAAUGCUUUAGCUUGUGAGCAGAAGGAUGAAAUAAUGACACAGCUUCAAUCAAUUAGACGACUCAUGAAAGAAAGUGGGUUGGAUAAAUCAGAAAACAAGAUGAAAGAUGUCAGCCACAUUUGUAAUGAGAAACUUGAAGAUCUCAUUCAGUCAUUUAGUGAACAUUCUCAAGAGAAAGAAAUGGAUGACAGAGAAGAUGACAGUAGUGAAGAUCUGCAUGAGAAUGUUGAUAAUGGUUACAAAAUAGAAGAGCAUGAAUUUUAUGAUGAAUGUGAAAUACAUCAGUUCGAGCCAGAUGUGGUGGAAGACCAAGAAAUGAUAAACAAAGAUGCCAUUGAAUCAGAAGAGACUGGAUUGAGGCGGCGUAAUAGAUAUGAAUGAAAUCUGCAUAUGUAAAAAUUUCAAAAGCUUAUAAAUAUUUUUUUUUGUAAUGUUGUAUGCACUUUAAACUGUUUUGAAUGAAAUUUUGUGCACUGCUAUAUGCUUUAAAAAGUGGGGUGAAAUACUGCCGGUGCAUUUAUCUAUGAUGAUUCUGUACUGACUUCAGUGGCAGUAGAAUUCCACUCAGGAUGUUUACAAACUUUUUUCCUAUUUAUUUUUUCCCUAUAAAAAUAUUUCUGUACUCUGUAUAUAAUGCACUGUAGUUAUAUCUGGUGUUUCACUUACAAUAUUAGAAUAUCUUGUAAUUAAGACUGUAAAGUAUAGACGUUUCUUAAAUGUUUUAUAACUAGUAAGCAUGGUGCCACUUGAACUGUCACUUUCCUGAGUUCAUUAAAGAGCACGCACUGAUGAAUUGAGCUCUUUGUAUAAAACUUUUCUUUAGGGGGGAAUGAAAAGCAGUACGGGUUAAGCCUCAGAGAUGUGUUAAUAGUCAAUUUUCUUUAUUUGGAGAGAGAAAUGUAGCCACAGAUGCUAUUCUAGAAUAACUAUGUUGUGCAUUUGCUGUCUCCUCAGGAAUGAUGUAUAGUUUUGUAUGUUAAUUAAUGUAAUUAAUGCAUUACACUUAAUUUCUUCCCUACCUAUCACUGGUUAAACUCAGCAGCUGCCUAAGAAUUGUUUGAUGCCCAUUAAUA